AUGUUUUCAUUGAUAAAGUACACGUCAGAUGAAUGGAUGGAUUUCUAUACAUUUAACAAAGCCUCAGAUAUCUUAUUUGGUUUGCUUGACAUAAGUUUAUUUUAUUUAAAUUACACGCACUUUUCCUAUAUUGCCAUUUACUGGGGUCAAAAUGAUGAUGAGGGUAGCCUAACAGAAACAUGUGCAACGGGAAAGUACUCCUAUGUAAUCAUAGCCUUCCUGAACAAAUUUGGGAAUGGCACAACCCCUGAAAUAAACCUGGCAAGUCAUUGUGACCCUUCUUCCAAUGGUUGCUCCACGUUAAGCACAGACAUAAGGAACUGCCAAAUGCUAGGGAUCAAAGUCUUGCUCUCCAUUGGAGGAGCAGAUGGGGAUUACGGUCUAGCUUCCUCUGAUGAUGCUAAAAAUGUUUCUGAUUACUUGUGGAACAAUUUCUUGGGUGGAAGCUCAUCUUCACGCCCACUUGGGAAAGCUAUAUUAGAUGGCAUUGAUUUUGACAUUGAGAUUUCCACACCACAACACUGGCAGGAACUUGCAGGUUACCUCAAGUCACACAGCACCCCAACACAAAUCGUUUACUUAAGUGCAGCACCUCAGUGCCCAUUUCCUGAUAGUGAACUUGGCGUUGCCCUUGACACACAGAUUUUUGACUAUGUUUGGAUACAGUUCUACAACAAUCCUGAAUGUGAAUAUAACCAAAGUAAUGUCAAUAAUUUGUUGAAUUCAUGGAAUCAAUGGACGACAUCAUUGAAAAAAGGAAAAGUCUUUUUGGGGUUGCCGGCAUCUCCAGCAGCAGCAGAUAGCGGUUAUGUUCCAGCUGAUUUGUUGAUAUCUGACAUUCUUCCUGUCAUAAAGAAGUCAUCUAACUAUGGAGGUGUAAUGCUGUGGACAACAUACUAUGAUAAACAAAGUGGAUACAGCUCCUACAUCCAAAGUUCUCUUUGCACACAACAAAAUCCUCAUGACUGCGGAGGAAAUGACAGCCAUAAAGCAAACAAGUGGUGGAAAUGGCUUAUCAUUGGGGUGGGAGCAGCCCUUGCAAUAUCUCUCAUCUUCUGCUUUUGCUGUACCGUACGGAGAAAAGACACUCCUGAAGUGGAUGGAAAAAUGAAGCAAAAGAAGCCGUUACAUGUAAUUGAAGGCAAUGCAGUGCUUUAUGACAAAGCAAAAAAUAUUGAAGUAGGGGGAAGGACUAGUACUGAUGUCAAAAUAUUCAGUUUUGAAAGCAUUAAUGCUGCCACAAACAAUUUCUCAGCUACUAAUGAACUGGGAGAGUGGGAUUUUGGUCGUGUUUAUAAGGGAACAUUACUAGAUGGGCAAGAAAUAGCAGUAAGGAGACUUUCUACAAUUUCAAAAGAAGGGCUGAUAGAGUUCAAGAAUGCAGUUAUGCCCUUGGCCAAACUCCAGCACAAUAAUCUUGUAAGGCUUUUAGGGUUCUGCUUCCAGAGAGAGGAAAGAAUAAUAGUGUACGAGUACAUCUCCAAAAAAUGUUUGGACUUCUACUUGUUUGAUGCAAAUAGAAAGAAUGUGCUAGAUUGGAGAAAACGAGCUAACAUCAUUGAAGGCAUUGCUCAAGGGCUUUUUUAUCUUCACCAUAAUUCAAGACUACAAGUGAUACAAUUGAACUUAAAGGCAAGCAAUAUAUUGCUUGAUGAAGAAAUGAAUCCUAAAAUAUUUGAUUUUGGCAUGGCUCAAAUGUUUGGUUUAAAACGUCAUGAAGAAGAUACAAAUAGAAUUUCUGGCAGAUAUGGGAGCAUGACAUCAGAAUAUGCAAUCAACGGUAUAUGGUCUACUAAAACAGAUGUUUUCAGUUUUGGCAUUCUGAUAUUGGAGAUUCUUAGUGGCAAGAAGAGUAGUAGUCAUUAUCAUUCUGCAGAACCACCAAAUCUAAUAGAAUAUGCGUGGCAGCUAUGGAAUUCAGGUCGAGCUCUAGAGCUAAUAGACUCAGAACUAAAUGAAUCAAGCACUACAAAUGAAGUACUGCGAUAUAUUCAUAUUGGCCUCUUGUGCGUACAAGGUGAUGCAGCAGACAUACCUAGCAUGUCAAAUGUUGUUUCUUUUCUCUCAAAUGAUACAAUUGAACUUGCUCAGCCAAAGCAGCCAGCAUUCUUUACCAAUGUGGUUGAAGAAGAUUCAGCUGCCUAA